ACACGACACACGUAACACACGCCACGUUAUUAACUACUUACAUCGAGUCACAUCGACAGCCUAGUUUUAUUUUAGAAUUGUGGUCGAAGGAAAGUAAGGGACGGGAAUGUUUGUUAAAUUCGCAUCGUUUUGCUGCACAUGCAACGCAUGCUCAUGCGAGAUUCACUUUAUCCGGCAAGAUACAAAUCCUGGCAAAGAUAUGAUCCGUUUUUAAAAUUUAAAUCCAUCGAACCUUUUUUCAAACAUGAUUUUUGUUAUUAUUAUAAUCAGAAAAAGAAUCAGAAAAUAUGCAAAGUACAAUCGACCAGUUUACGAUAACAAGAACGAGCUUCCAAUACUUAAAUUGUAUUUACUGCAAAAUGAUGGCGAUAUUAUUAGAAUGUUGAUCGAUUGUGAAUUUAUAACACGUUCGAAAAGGCUGUUUUAUCUCUGAUUGAUUUUUGUUGGUUUGUUUAAAUUAUUUGUUACUUGUUAAAUUGUUUGUUCUCUGCUUUGCCAGAUUUGCUAACUGCUGAACAAUUUAUUAAACAGGUAGGUGUUAUUACUACUGAAGUAAAAAAAGAUGAUGAUGAUUUUCAAUCAGAGAAAUGAAUCAAAGUCGACACGGGAAAGAUAUGAUAAUAUUCGUUGUUGAUACGUAAUUCGCGAUUGAUUUGCUAACGUAUCUGAUUCGCAAUGUUUCAUGAAACCUUAUCAUAUUUUUCCCUUGUAAUAUUAAUUUGUAAUUAAUAAUCUAUUAUGAAAGACAUAGCUCUAGAAUUCUACAAUUUUUCUAUUUCCCUAUAUCUUCCGUAUAUUACAAAGCUAUUGUAUAAAGAUGUUAUUGCUACGGAAAUCUAGCGCUUAGAACAGGCUUUAACGUAUUGCUUGAAAAUCCUAAAUCAAUAACGACAGUUAAUAUACUGUACAAAUGGCUCGUUCCCUCUUCACAACGUUAUUUUUAAUAAGUUUUAACGUCGCAUCAAUCGAACGUAUGUGGUUGUUGGCGACGAUGAAGAAGAGUAAAAAUACCGUGAGGAUUAGAUUUUGUUGUGGAACAUGGUGUUUUUCAGAAGGAGGGAAGAAACUUUCGAAAUUUGUUUACCGUGACAUUGACAUUUUUAUAGAGAAAAUCUGCCAACUUUUGUUUUCGCUCUUGCAAACGAUAUUUGCCAAUAUUCGCGUUUAUAUAGAAAGAAAUAUCGAUUUCAUACGGCUAUUAAUUUCACUAUAACGUACCAUGAUGACGACUUUCGACCCGUUUCUUGGAGGCAAAAUAGAACAGAGCGACUUGUGUUGCGGCGAACAACCGCAAAAGCCGCGUGAACCAGAAGUACACGUGGUACCAGCGCUGUCUACUACAGCACCAGCCUGGUCAGGCAUCGCGAUAAUUGACUUAGAAAUGAAAGAAAUAUGCCUGAAAGAUUACAAGGGAAAAUAUCUGAUAUUGCUCUUUUAUCCCUACGAUUUCACUUUUAUCUGCCCUACGGAAAUCAUACAAUUCAAUGAUCGUGUUGAAGAAUUCAAUAAAUUAGGCUGCGAGGUAAUUGCCAUUUCUACGGAUUCUCCGUACGCACAUCUAGCAUGGAUCAUUACACCCCGGAAGCAAGGUGGUCUGGGUGAAAUGAAAAUGCCCUUUCUAUCCGAUAAGAAUCAGAAUAUAUCGAGAACGUACGGAGUACUGAAUGAAAAAGAAGGAAUAUGCCUUAAGGGACUGUUCGUCAUCGAUAGAAACCAAUUGAUUCGGCAUAUCGCGAUCAGUGAGAUUUCCAUGUCUCGUUCUGUCGACGAGACUCUGAGGAUCUUGGAGGCGUGUGAAUUCAUCGACGAAUUUGGAGGUGUCUGUCCUGCGGGUCCAAGAGAGAAAUUAAACGAUACAAGCGACAAGCUAAACUAUUUUAGCACAUAAUCGUUAGAUCACCAACGUAUAUGCAAAUUCGUAUCUUCGUGAACGCCACUGAAGAAGCAGAGCUUUUCCAAUUUUAAUCUUAUUCAGAGGGAGAGCGCUUCUUUUACGACAAAAAAUUUGUUCGCUUCUAUUAGAGAUUCUCUAUGUUUUGUACUUCUUUUUUUAAUAUUGGAAUUAAUUAUUUCAAUGCGAUAAAAUUCUGGAAAAGAAUUCUGCGAGUAUUAUUAGACGACCUAUUUGAUCUUUGGAUUAUAAUUUUUAGUAUGAUAUAUUUUAUAAGUUUUUUGUGAAUGAAAAAUAAAGAAGACAUUGAUCCUUAAAAUG